GGGCGCGGCCGCAGGAAGUGCAGAGCGAGCGCGGGGCUGAGCGCGGCUGCGGUCCUCACCCGCUGGCCCUGCAGCCCCGCCCCGGCGCCGGCGGCCUUCGCUGCGGAGCCCGCGACCGCACUCUCCGCACCAUCUGAACCGCUCUCAGCUGCAUCCAGCCACGCUGAGAGCUUUGCCGAGGAGGGACCUCCUGUUACCUGCUGGCUCACCGCACCUGGAGCCUAGUAGGUGCUCCGGAGAAGCUGUCAGUGAGCCCAGCAACCAUGGCCCAUUACAAGGUCGAUCAGGACGACUGGCUGACCGUCUACUUGAAGUAUUUACUCGCUGUCUUUAACUUCUUCUUCUGGAUGGGGGGUGCCGCGGUCAUGGCCGUGGGCGUCUGGACCCUGGUGGAGAAGAGCGGCUACCUCGGCGUCCUGGCCUCCAGCACCUUUGCCGUGUCUGCCUACAUCCUCAUCUUCGCGGGCACGCUCGUCAUGGUGACUGGCUUCCUGGGCUUCGGUGCCGUCAUCCGCGAGGACAGGAGCUGCCUCUCUGCGUAUUUCUGCCUGUUGCUGGCGAUCUUCCUUGUUGAGCUGGUGGCGGGGGUCCUGGCCCACGUGUACUACCAGAGGCUGAGCGAGGAGCUGAGGCAGCACUUGACCCGGACCCUGGCCCAGAACUACAGGCAGCCCGGCGCUGCGGAGAUCACAGCCUCCGUAGACCGUCUACAGCAGGACUUCAGGUGCUGCGGAAGCAACAGCUCAGCCGACUGGCAGCACAGCACGUACAUUCUGUCUCCAGAGGCCGAGGGCCGCCGGGUGCCCGACAGCUGCUGCAAGACCGUGGUGGCGCGCUGCGGCCAGCGGGCACACCCCUCCAACAUCUACAAGGUGGAGGGAGGCUGUAUCACCAAGCUGGAGCAGUUCCUGGCCGACCACCUGCUGCUCAUGGGGGCGGUGGGCAUCGGGGUGGCCUGCCUGCAGCCGAGAAAACAUGAAGGAAAAUACCCGGGCCUUGGGGCCACCUUGAACUUGUCAGGCACAGAGACCUGGGAGGAGUGGGAGUGUGGGCUCAGGGGCACCCUUGGGACACAUGUCAUGUACAGAGUGCGCGUGCUGGACGCUCAGCCCUCCGGGCCCUCCCCGGCAUGAGAGGUGUGCCGUAGGGGAUGCAGCCACAAGUCUGUGCUGGUCCAGCUGCCCCCAUCUGGCCUCCCCCUGACAAGAUGAUCCCCCAGGACAAGUCAUCAAACCAUGAGGUGGGACAGGGCAGAGGGCCUGCACGCCACCUGGCUGGAAUGACUGUGACCCGCCACCCGCUUAAAGCCAGCGGGAGAUGAGAUAACCUCUUAAGCCACCUUUGAGCCCAUGGCUCUGAAUCCCAGAGGUGGAUUAGCGCUGCUCUUAGCACCAAGUCUGAAAGCUGAAAGCUGUGUUCCCAGGGCGUGAAACUCCCGCGUGGGGACAGAGGGGAGGGAGGAAGGGGGCACAGAAGGGCUCGACCUCUGCUCCCUCCUUGAGUCUCUCAAAGAGAAACUAGGGUCUGCCAGCCCCACGCCGUCCUCAUCAGCCUGUCCUCCUCCGUGUGCAUCCGGAGGUACCCUGGAAAGAUCAGGUCAGCAGCAGCCACUGGGAAAGAUGGGGUACUGUUUCCUAUAUUUGGGAAACCCACCUGGACCCCUGUCCGCGGCACAGUCACGGGCUGCCCUCCCGGUGUCCCCCCCUGCGGGCCAGGAGCCGGAAGCCAGCAGCGCCAUCUUCAUCAGGGCCACGGCCGCAGCCCUGGGCCUCCUCGGUCUGACACGGCCUCAGCUCCGCGUUCUCAGUGCAUCCUCGCGCGUGAGGGAGGAGAGGAAGAGGAAGAAGCAAACAAAGAACAGGGUGGGGAACAAAGGUCCUCAUCCUCUGCGUUUAGAGACGGGCAAGUGAGACGUGGGAGGCGACUGCCCAGCACUGCCCGGCUCUGGGCAGCUCGGAGAUGGGACAGAGGGGCUGGCAGGCAGGCUCCCCGGGCCUGGGGCUGGGGCCGUGUCCCGAGCUGGUUUACAAGAUGAGCUGGUGACGGUCCUGGACGCUCCACUGAGGGCUUCAGUUUCCCCUCCUGCACGGCGGCCAGAGAAUCGACUCCGGGGCCUUGCUUUUCUCUGGUAUCUGAGAACAGCAAGAAGUAGACAGACUUUCCUCAGGAAAGACGGCUUCAGCCAGCAACGAGGGAGUGGCGGUGUCACCGUUCGGAAUCUAAUAAAACCAGGCCACCUCCAGAGAAGGUCUGGGACCACAGAGCCGCCGUGUGGACGGGCAGCUGGUUCGACGUGCAGGCCCUCACCCAGGCCACAGAAUUGCAAUCUGCAGCUAACAGGGUCCCCGGGGAUCCGUGACCAUUCAAGUGUGAGAAAUACCGCUCUUGGGUGUGGUUCUCAACGUGGUCCCCACCUCCACCCCCAGCAUCACGUGGGAGCUUGUUAGAAAUGCAGAGUCCCAGGCCCAGGGCCCCCUGAUCAGGUCCCCAGGGGGCACUUGGGGGUGGGAAGCCCAGCUCCAGGGCGCCCUUGGCCGGCACACUGGCGGGCUCUGAUUGCUCUGUCCCUCUGCUCUUUCCACCCGGCAGAUCUGCGGAAUGAUUCUCACCUGCUGUUUGCACCGGAGAGUCCAGCUGCAUUUAUACUAACGGCCAACCUUGUCCCCGUCCCACUGCCCCUCGCAAGUUCAGGGGCCCAAAUGCCAUCGGCCAGGCCUGCGACAUCAGUAUCAGCUGGCCUAGAAGCUCCCGGAAACAACCCCCACUCUGUGCCCAGCCCCUUGGGACCCACAAGUGCCUGAGACCAUGGUCCUGCAGCCCCCACCCGGGCCGGGGACCCUCAGCCCCCUCCCUGCACUUCUGUGGGCUCACCGCCAGAACCCCCAGGCCGGGGACGGAGCCUGCUGGGAGACCACAGCCAGAGCCUCUCCAGGCAUGGUCUCCCGAGGACCGCAGGGGGCUGGGCUCAGGCUGUGCCCCCUCCCUGCUCCUGAACCCUGAACCAGGGCUAGAAACCUUGGCCCCUCUGCGAUGCUUACGUUGGGCCCGUGACCCUCCCACCUGUGCUCAGCAUCCUUCCUCGUGCCUCUGCUAGGUGUGCUUUCCCCCCCCCCCCGGCCCAGGAAAUGCAUCAGGUGGGCAGGUCGGGUUGGCUCUGCCCCCAGAAGACCUAGCCUUCUGCCCACCACCACACCUUCUCACCUGGAAAGGAGUGUCAGGUGGCCCGGUUCCUUCCUGCAGGGCCGGGGUUGGGCGGCGCAGGUGGGGUGGAGCUGCCAGGGCCGGGAGCAGGGUCCUGCCUUGGGCUCCUCCCCGGGAGAGGUCCCCAAGCCCCGUCUCUAGCCAUAUGCCCCUCGGGGGUCUCCUGUCCAUGACUUGAAUCUCAGGGUCACCGAUGCCAGUUCAUUAAAAGGGAGGCCAGCUUUCCAGCAAUCCCAGAUUGCACCAAAGCCAAAAAACAUGGUGCUGCGAUUAUCUUUGCUGCCCUCCAACUUCCUGGGAUUCGUGCAUAUAAUCGAAAAAUAACCAUAAGUCCCAAGUUCUCUGCAGGGCUAGAGGCCAGGCUGACGUCACACUCUCCCGCCGGUACCGGGACCCCGGGCCACCUCACUCCAGAGUGGCAGCGUUUCUCCACGGGGACCAGUUCAUUUGUCCCCGUCCCCAGAUGCGGGGGGGGGCACUUUUCACCCCAAAGCAAAGCGACUUCCAUCGUAAUUCAGAGAAGCUGGGGGACCCAGGUUGCCCAGUGUGAAGCCAGAAGGAAGUAAAUGCUUCGUCUUUUGUGACAGAA